AUAUAGGGUAAAGAAUGUGCCUACUUAAGCAUGGUAUUGAUAUUUAUAUUCACGGCUAGUGGUGAAACACAUAUACAACCAUUUGGAUCACACAAACGACAUAACUAAACAACAGCCGAAAUAUGGCGACACAACUAGGUAACUCUGCCGAAGAGCGGCAAAGGAAUGCUGACCGUUUAGUCAACUUAUUGAAUGUGGACGGCAAUGGACAAUGCGCUGAUUGUGGUGCGAUAUCACCAAAAUGGGCCUCCUGGACGUUGGGUGUAUUCAUUUGUUUACAUUGCUCUGGGAUUCAUCGAAACAUCCUGGGCCACACCAGCAAAUUAAAGUCCCUAACUCUCGAUUUCUGGACAACAGCAGAAGUUGAUAACAUGGAGGAGAUUGGAAACAUCAAGGCAAACAAAUUGUACGAGGCUUCACUUCCCAAGGAUUUUCAACGACCACAACAAAAUAACGCAUUAAUGAUGGAAUUUAUAAGGAACAAGUACGAAUUUAAGAAAUACAAGUCUCCACCUGUAUUAUGGGAGACCACUACCCCCAUAGGUAACGAGGAGACCACUACCCCCACAGGUUACGAAGACAACACAAGUCGCCUCAACACAAUACAUGGAAAAGAUAUCGAAAAUGAUCCGAAAAAAGUGAGCGAAGAAGACAUAAACAAUGGUCCAAAAAUAGUGAGCGAAGAAGAAACAGGAUGUCUCUGUAUGAAUUCGUGUUCUUGUAACGUCCUAUAAAAGCUGCCCGGACACACCAUGAAGACGAAUAUCUUUGGAUCAUUAUCGGAUCGGUUAAUUACACAAAACUACGCUAUACAGUGGCCUAGAAACAAAACGCAGACGAACAAUCGAUCAUUGAGGCGCGUGUUGUCAUCUACAUCAGGGACGUGUGUACGUCUACAUUGAGGCGCGUGCUAUCAUCUACAUUAGGGACGUGUGUAGUUUUACAUUGAAGCGCGUGUUGUCAUCUACAUCAGGGACGUGUGUACGUCUACAUUGAGGCGCGUGUUGUCAUCUACGUCAGGGACCUGAGUACGUCUACAUUGAGGCGUGUAUUGUCAUCUACAUCAGGGACGUGUGUACGUCUACAUUGAGGCGCGUGUUAUCACCUACAUCAGGGACGUGUGUACGUCUACAUUGAGGCGAGUGUUGUCAUCUACAUCAGGGACGUGUGUACGUCUACAUUGAGGCGCGUGUUGUCAUCUACAUCAGGGACUUGAGUACGUUUACAUUGAGGCGCGUUAUCAUCUACAUCAGGGACGUGUGUGCGUCUACAUUGAGGCGCGUGUUGUCAUCUACAUCAGAGACGUGUGUACGGCUACAUUGAGGCGCGUGUUGUCAUCUACAUCAGGGACGUGUGAACGUCUACGUUGAGGCGCGUGUUGUCAUCUACAUCAGGGACGUGUGUACGUCUAGAUUGAGGUGUGUGUUGUCAUCUACAUCAGAGACGUGUGUAUGUCUACAUUGAGGCGCGUGUUGUCACCUACAUCAGGGACUUGAAUACGUCUACAUUGAGGCGCGCGUUAUCAUCUACAUCAGGGACGUAUGUACGUCUACAUUGAGGCGCGUGUUGUCAUCUACAUCAGAGACGUGUGUACGUCUACAUUGAGGCGCGUGUUGUCAUCUACAUCAGGGACGUGUGUACGUCUACACUGAGGCGCGUGUUAUCAUCUACAUCAGGAACGUGUGUACGACUACAUUGAGGCGCGUGUUGUCAUCUACAUCAGAGACGUGUGUACGUCUACAAUGAGGCGCGUGUUGUCAUCUACAUCAGGGACGUGUGUACGUCUAGAUUGAGGCGUGUGUUGUCAUCUACAUCAGAGACGUGUGUAUGUCUACAUUGAGGCGCGUGUUGUCAUCUACAUCAGGGAUAUGUGUACGUCAACAAUGAGGCGCGUUAUCAUCUACAUCAGGGACUUGUGUACGUCUAGAUUGAGGCGUGUGUUGUCAUCUAUAUCAGGGACGUGUGUACGUCUACAUUGAGGCGCGUGUUAUCAUCUACAUCAGGGAGUUGAGUACGUCUACAUUGAGGCGCGUGUUAUGAUCUACAUCAGGGACGUGUGUACGUCUACAUUGAGGCGCGUGUUAUGAUCUACAUCAGGGACGUGUGUACGUCUUCAUUGAGCACGCGUUGUCAUCUACAUCAGGGACGUGUGUACGUCUACAUUGAGGCUCGUGUUGUCAUCUACAUCAGGGACGUGUGUGCGUCUUCAUUGAUGUACUUGUUAUUAUCAUCUAUAUCAGGGACGUGUGUACGUCUUCAUUGAGGUACUUGUUAUUAUCAUCUACAUCAGGGACGUGUGUACGUCUUCAUUGAGCACGUGUUGUCAUCUACAUCAGGGACGUGUGUACGUCUACAUUGAGGCGCGUGUUGUCAUCUAUAUCAGGGACGUGUGAACGUCUACAUUGAGGCGUGUGUUAUCAUCUAUAUCAGGGACGUGUACGUCUACAUUGAGGUACUUGUUAUUAUCAUCUACAUCAGGGACGUGUGUACGUCUUCAUUGAGCACGCGUUGUCAUCUACAUCAGGGACGUGUGUACGUCUACAUUGAGGCGUGUGUUAUCAUCUAUAUCAGGGACGUGUACGUCUACAUUGAGGUACUUGUUAUUAUCAUCUACAUCAGGGACGUGUGUACGUCUUCAUUGAGCACGCGUUGUCAUCUACAUCAGGGACGUGUGUACGUCUACAUUGAGGCGCGUGUUGUCAUCUAUAUCAGGGACGUGUGUCCGUCUACAUUGAGGCGCGUGUUGUCAUCUACAUCAGGGACGUAUGUACGUCUACAUUAAGGCCCGUGUUGUCAUCUACAUCAGGGAUAUAUGAACGUCUACAUUGAGGCGUGUGUUGUCAUCUACAUCAGAGACGUGUGUACGUCAACAUUGAGGCGCGUUAUCAUCUACAUCAGGGACGUACGUCUACAUUGAGGCGCGUGUUGUCAUCUAUAUUAGGGACGUGUGUACAUUUACAUUGAGGUGCGUGUUGUCAUCUACAUCAGGGAAAUGUGUACGUCUACAUUGAGGCGCGUGUUGUCAUCUACAUCAGGGACGUAUGUACGUCUACAUUGAGGCGUGUGUUAUCAUCUACAUCAGGGACGUGUAUGUCUACAUUGAGGCGCGUGUUGUCAUCUACAUCAGGGACGUGUGUACGUCUACAUUGAGGCGCGUGUUGUCAUCUACAUCAGGGAUGUGUGAACAUCUACGUUGAGGCGCGUGUUGUCAUCUUACAUCAGGGACGUGUGUACGUCUACAUUGAGGUGUUUUUUAUUAUCAUCUACAUCAGGGACGUGUGUACGUCUACAUUGAGGCGCGUGUUGUCAUCUAUAUCAGGGACGUGUGUAUGUCUACAUUGAGGCACGUGUUGUCAUCUACAUCAGGGACGUGUGUACGUCUACAUUGAGGCGCGUGUUGUCAUCUACAUCAGGGACAUGUGUAUGCCUACAGUGAGGCGCGUGUUGUCAUCUACAUCAGAGACGUGUGAACGUCUACAUUGAGGCGCGUGUUGUCAUCUACAUCAGGGACAUUUGUAUGUCUACAUUGAGGCGCGUGUUGUCAUCUACAUCAGGGACGUGUGAACGGCUACAUUAAGCACGUGUUCAUUCAGAGUGACGUGGUAGAUAACAUUGUGCAAAAGGAAUAUAACUUACAUUGUGAUUGAGUGUGUGUAUCUGUGUAAGUGUGCAGGACUUUGUUUUAAACUUUUAACUUGCUUGGAGCGAGAUGAGGAAAACCAUAAGAAUAUUAAAUUUUUUUUUAAUUUACAUAUUUAAAUUCAGUUUGAAAACGUACAAUUAAAAGAUAAUGUAUUAAA